CAUCUGUGCUGGAAAAUGUGCUGAUAGGGGCCAACUGCUGAAAGAGAUGUUCACAAUUCUGAUUUCGACCUAUUGGUACUUAUGGGCGGCUGUAUUAGCAGGACUUGCAAUAACAGCUGUGUGCGCUUGUUGGUUCUGGAAACAUUAUGCAACUGGCUCAAUUGAAGAUGGGUCUCCAUCAGACAGAACGUCAGCAGCUUCCUGUUACUUACCUCCGCAUUACAGCCGAUGCAGUUCGUUUUUUCAAGCUCUACCACCUCCUUACAAUGAGGUGACAUCAAAGCCGGACCUGUAUCCGUUGGUGAUUGGCUAUGACGAAGGCAUAGGCAAAAGUACUUCCGGCUUGGUGAUGCGCUACUUUCGAUCUUUGUCUCACGCGAGUACGUUGGAUUCUCUGAGCUCAAGUUUUAUGUGCAAUGUGGUUAACGAGGCUAACACUAUUAUCCCACCACCAUACUCCUGUAAUAAUAGCAUAGAUGAAUUGUCAACCGUUGAAUGCAGCCGAGGUCCAAACUUGAAUGGUGGAUCUAUCAUUUCAUUAGCAAACCACAGGACAACUUCUGAUAUCUCUAGUCUGGCAGCUCAAUCCCCUUGCUCACCUCCCAGAGCGACUACUCCCACUAUAGAGGUGAGGGAAUUAUUGGAUAAGAUCCACCAGCUCCCUGCACAGUUUCCACACGAGCCAAACGUCAACGCUUUAACGACGCAAAAUCGACCACAAAUGCUUGAUAGUUUGAGUUCGUUCGGGGCCUUGACACGGCCUCUAAGUCCUGGAGAAUUAGUGGCAUUUAGGCCCAGAAGAGCUCGAGGGAAGAUGUAUAUGCCUCUUGGCCUACCGAGUUCAAGAAGUAAGUCAAAAAGGUGGCUUUCUCGAUCAGCGCCCACAACACCAUGCGGGACCGCACCUCCGCCGCUAUUACCUGGGCAGAAUAGGAGACCAUCCCAAGUCGAGAAUAAGAGUAUAGACUAUCAGGGCGUUCCCUUGCUUUCUGAACAGGAUGAAGAACCACAGCAAGUUUGACAGGAUGAGAAUUUGGUGCCUCAGAAUAAGUAAAAUAACGUUUUUAUGAAACAAAAUCUUGAUAAAACAGGUUCUCAUUGAACAAUAAGAGCUUUCGAUCCCUGAUUGAAAAGUGGGUAUAUGUGACACAUUUUAGUACACUAAUAAGUAAAUUUCAAAUUAUACAUUACAUUCCGCAGCAGCAAAAGUAUACCAAUAUGUAUGCAUUAUCUCUUCAAAUAAAUCUUCAAAGCUUCAAAUGUUAAUGCUCAAGAUAGCUUUGAAUAUUAUAGAACCUGCUGCGUUAACUUUCAUAAACCUUCUAUAGGUAGAUAUACAAACAAGGGAAAUAAUUUAAGCAAUCUUCUCAACUAGAUCAAUUCUAAUAGAUGUAUAUUUAUAACAAAACUAUUUCAUGUUGUAAAACAUUAAGUUUUCAGAUUACCGGAAAGCUGUUCGCAGUUAUAUUACUUGAAUAAUUACACCUUGUGAUAGAAUAUUAUUACGAAAAAAGACGUAAAAUGAAACUUCACACACCGAUAGAUCACGUGAUCUAAAGAUUUGAGAGAUUUAUUAAUACACACAAUUUACCUAAGCAACGAUUACAGAAACCUUUUACCUGACCUAUAUCUCAUAGGUAGGUACAUGCAAUAAUAUAUUCAAAUAUCACGUACAUGAUUACUCAUUGUUAAACAGGAUGAGUGAAAUAAUCGAUAAAUAAUGAUAUUGCAAAGUACUACAUGCUGAAAUAAUUUAGAGAAAUAAUACGUCCAUUCUGGCCUUCCAUUGUAGGGAAUUAAUAUUCAUACAAGAGACAAAAGAGAAAUAAAACUAACAAUUCCAAGACAAUAUGCAGAAAAUUUAUACAAGAAGGAUAGUAGUACACGAACAUUGCAUGUAUAGGAUGUGCCUACAACGGAAUCCUUACAUAAUAGAAUAAUGUCAGCUGAAAUUUCAGGCCUGACAAUAACGCCCUGCGUGUUGAAUUGAAAGUGUCCCGAUAUUUGUUUAGUAAAGCGAUUACGUGAUUUACAGCCAGUUCUGAACUCAUUAUUAUGCAACAGUAAAUCUUCAACCAAAUUAAUCUGAAAUAUACCUAGGAAAGCUAAAAAAAAAUAUUUAAAGAAAUAUUAACGAGGCCUGACAAUGUCAUAUAAAAAUUGUAAGUAAUUUAUGUAUGCACUGUGUAGUUACAUGUAUUUUUUUAUGGAGUCUGAUGUGAAUAAAAAUGAGCUGUUGUGGCAGGAGAAAAUCA